UAAAGGUGUGUUUAACCUGAAGCUACUCUGUCACGUGUGUUUGUGUUUGACCAGUUUCCUCUCGGACAAUAAAGUUUAUCUGAAGCUCAGUGAAGCAGAAUGUGUUCCUAUUAAAGAGAGCAGCACAGACCAGUGUUUCCUUCAGAGCUUCACCUCACCUGUCAGAGCCGCAGGUGAGUUCACCUGCUCAGGUUUAAUCCAGAAAACGACUAAGUGAAUCAAACCUGUGGUUUUAUGACUAAUCGAUUAAUCGGUAACAACCAGGAGCUCUCACGUGUUUGUGUCAGAGAGAGAGAGCGAGCUCCGGUAGUGACGGAGGCUCCCCGGUACCGGGAAGUGUUCAGCUGUCCAAGGUUUCGCUUUCGGGGUUUCACCGUCCACGGCGUGAACGCGCCUCCGUUUAUCAAUCAGCACCGAUCGAUUAUUGAUGCCGCCGCUGCGCAGCCGCCCCGCGCGCCCCCCCCCCUCACCGCCACAUCCGUGUUGUCUGACCGGAGGAUGAGUCGGUAGGACGCUAACAACUAGCUAACGUUACCGAGCGGCGGCACCGGGCGGGUUUCUGAUGUCUGUUCGUGUUCUGUCGACGUCCAGCGGAGCCGUUACCGUCACGAACCCGUCCGGACGUUACAUGUUCGUCGGUCGGUGCUCCGCCGGGCUGCCCGGUUAGCUCGGCGGCGGGAUGCAGCCGCUAGCCGCCGUUAGCUCCGCAGCCGUUUAUUUAUCUCGGUGUUAUGUAAGCGCGGAGCCGUGUAGCCGCGCAGCUAACGUUAGCCUGUCAGCAUGAACGACGCGCAGCAAGAAAUGUCCCCGGACUUCGUCCUGAUGCGGCUCGUGUCCGCGGCCGAGUACGACCGACUGGACGAGCCCGACGACCUGAUGUCCGGGGGCGGCGGGUUCGGGCCCGUUAAAGCCGUGCUGGGACACCACGGCGGCGGGUUUGAUCUGGACCCCAGCGGCCCCUCGGCGGGCCUCGGCUCGGCCUCCCCGCACUACAGCUCGCCGCUCCCCGGAAAAGGCGAGCUGGACGGCGGGCUGGUGCUGACGCAGGCCCCGCCGGGCUCCGAGGCGCCGCUGUCGCCUCCGCCGCCGGAGGACUUUGCGGUAGCGGCCCAGCGGUUCGUGGACUUCCCGGUGCCGCACGGGCACGGUUCCGGGGGGCACGGGUCGAGGGCGCAGCUGAUGGUGUUUCAGAACCUGCUGCGGUCCGGAGACCGGAUCCUGGAGUGCGGGCUGGAGCAGCUGCCCCCGGGGUUCCUCCGGGAGGAGGCAGAGAGACAGAGACAGCAGCUGGACUCGGGAUCAGGAACCGGUCCCGGCGGCACAACAGCCGGUCCCGGGCCCGGAGGCGGGAAGGACCAGAACUCACACUGUAUCCCGUCUGCAGAGGAGAACCUGCAGCCGCCGCCGCAGCUCCUCCAGUGGCACCCGGUCCUCAGACUGUCCAAAGGCUCUGACGGGUCCCAGACUCCUCAGCAGGGCGUCCCGGCUCUGAACUCUGAGUCUGGGUCGGUCCUGUGCCACAGACACCGCCUGCUUACAGACAGACUGGCUAAAUGGCCCCCGGGCCUGCUGGACCAAGCCCUGCGCCUGGGUCUGCUGGAGCCCAGGAAGAACUGCCCGGCCGGGGGAGAGGACCCGGUCCUGGCUCUGGCCCGGAGGCUGGGUCAGCUGGGUGAGGGGAGGGAGGGGGGAGGAGGAGGUGGGGGGGAAGAUAUGGUUCUCCCGCUCCCUCGGUGCUCCUGUCACAGCGUCCUGGCCUCGGGGACGGGGGGCGAGGACCCAAGUGAGACCAGCGAUGCCCUGCUGGUCCUGGAGGGUCUGGGGUCCGAGGAGGUGGGGGAGGCCAGGGACAGGGGGGAUGUGGGGGACACUGAGAAAGGAGAGACAUCUGGGGGGGCGGGGCCGGUGUUCUCCAGCGGGACUCUGAGCGGUCUGAUGCGGCAGGUCCACAGACUGGCCGAGGAGGCGGGGGUCUGCACCGACCAGACCUGCAGGUCCUCGCUGGCUGUCCUGGGUGCCGCGGUGUCCUUACCCCCCUGCGUGGACUCCCGCCCCCCUGUUGGCACCACCGUACCCUGUCCUUACCCCCCCGUCCGCCCGCAGGCCCCCCAGGCAGCAGUGACCCUCAGUGGCCUCCAGGUCUCCCCCGACCCCCUCCUGUCCUCAGGCCCUGACCCAAUCCACCGCCCCCAGCAUCAGCACCAGUCCCGGUCCCAGCCCCAGAGCCGCGCCACCACCCCCAAACUCGGCGUGGCCUCAGGGGGAGCGGGGCGGUCUGCCUCCCCCCUGGUGGUCCUGGAGGGGGAGGUGGGAGGAGGGAGGGACGGGGAGAAGACGCCGCGGGGGAAGUCGAGGAAAGGGGGGUCCCUGAAGGUCCGGCUCAGCAAACUGUUCAGGACCAAGAGCUCCAGCGGGGGGUCGGGGGGGCUCCUGGACAAGAGGCCGUCCCUGGCCUCGUCCACCUCGUCCGGGGGAAGUCUGCUGGACGUGUGGGGGUCGACCUGCAGCAACAUGGAGCAGGACAGCAGCAGGCUGCAGGUGUCCAGACCUCACAGUGCCUUCUCUCCGGUGCCCUUCAGUCCUGCUUUCACUGGUGAGACGGUGUCUCUGGUUGAUGUGGAUAUUUCUCGGAGGGGGGAACUCUCUUCACCCCCCGACUCCUCCUCCCCGCCCAGACGGAGCCUCAGUCUGCUCGAUGAUUUCGGGGGUCCUCCUCAGCAGCAGGGUCCGUUCCUGGAGCGCGGCGUCGGGGCGUCGAUGCAGUCUCUGCCCCCCCGACCUCUGGCCCUGCCCCCCCCCCUGAGCACCAUCCAACACAGCCUGAGCCUCAAUGACACCUUCCUCAGAGGUCUCCCUCGGCCCGUCCCUCUGCGUCCUGACGGUCAGCACCUCCCACCCAGACUCGCUGCCCGCUGUCCCCUCAGUCGACCCGACGCCAGCAGCUUCGCCACCAGCCUCAGAGAACUGGAGAAGUGUGGGUGGUACUGGGGACCGAUGAACUGGGAGGACGCUGAGAUGAAGCUGAAGGGGAAACCUGACGGGUCGUUCCUGGUCCGGGACAGUUCAGAUCCACGAUACAUCCUGAGUCUGAGCUUCAGGUCCCAGGGAGUCACACACCACACACGCAUGGAGCACUACAGAGGUACGUUCAGUCUGUGGUGUCAUCCUAAGUUUGAGGAUCGUUGUCACUCUGUGGUGGAGUUCAUAGAGAGAGCCAUCAUGCACUCCAAGAAUGGGAAGUUCCUCUACUUCCUGCGCUCCAGAGUCCCUGGUCUGCCUCCGACCCCGGUCCAGCUCCUGUACCCGGUCUCCAGGUUCAGCAGCGUUAAAUCUCUGCAGCAUCUCUGCCGCUUCUGCAUCAGACAGCUGGUCCGUAUAGACCACAUCCAGGAGCUGCCGCUGCCCACGCCUCUGAUCGCCUACCUGAGGAAGUUUUAUUACUACGACCCCGAGGAGGAGAUCAACCCGACACUGAAGGAGCGAGGACCAGAGCCAAGCAGCCAGCCGGGGGUCGAGUCCCAAACGUAGCACUGGAGCCCGAGAGGACGGCUUAUUUUCCCUUCUUUAUUUUGUUCCUCGUGUUUUUCGAUCAAACAUUCGAACUGGUCUCACAGACUGCAGCCAAUCAGCUCCCUCCGCUCAGUCCUGUAUCCGGGCCGGAGUUUCAGAUGAUCCGCCCUCCUCCGGGGCUCUCUGAUUGGCUCACGGGGAGUCGACACUGGUGUGUGUGUGGAGGGAGGGGGGCAGGGGAUGUGGAGACUCCGCCUCUCUUCUGAUGUCAUCACUGAGCAGCCAGACUUAAGGAAAUGUCACCGUUAGCGACGACGACGACGCUAAAAAUCUCUAAAAGAAACAAACAAAGAAGUUCAGUGUGAGGAGAGAAACAUUCAGUCGCCUCCAGGAUCCUCCGACCUCCAACACCUGAAAACAACUUCACAGCUGUAACUCUGGAGGUCUUUGUCAGUCCACGUUCAUUAGGUCUGAACCAGGUCUGAGUCCAGUUCACCAACGUUACGGGAACCAGCUUAAACACAGUUUUAACUUGAAGUCCCAUGAUGGAGGAUCAGAGCCACUGUUGGAGAAAAAGUUAUUAAAUCAGGAAUUAAGUCAUAACAUUAGAGGAAAACUGUCAUUAUAUUCAGUGGGGCUGAACCCGACUCAGAUUUGGGUCUUCGAUGCGACUGUUCGGGAGGUAGAGACUCAGACAAUAACGGCUUCACAGGAUUGUGGAUUUGUCCCAGUAGAUGAGGAUCAGUUACAGAUCCAACUAAAUGAGUUAAAUCCGCCUUUAGCUCCUUUUCUCACCUCAGCCAGGUAUUAACUCCACCACUUCCUGUGACCGUUGUUUCAAAUUAAAAGCCCUGCAGAGUCCUAUAAUUACAAAUUCAUAACUUUGCAGCGGUGACAAUAAUUAAAUAAUCCUCCUGCUCCAUGUCUCUCCUGUCGGGCUGCGGACUCUGUCAGUCUGUUUAACUCUCUCUAACUCCGGUAGUUUUCUCUUUAGCUGUGAACCUCUCAGCAGGUAGAACUCACCUGAGGACGACAGGAACGAGUCGCUCUGCUUUCAUCAGGUCUCCAUCACUGUUCUGGUUUGUUCAUUUUAAGACCAGGCUCAGUAAAGUGAAGUGAAAGUUGUAUCAGGGACUCUCUGAUGCACUGAUGCAAGGUUCCUGUGAGAACAAACUGUUAUUGAAGCUCUGAGCUUUAACAGAGAAGUUAAACAUGGAGUUAGUUUUAUCUAAUCGUUAAAUAAUUCAUCAGUGUUUUAUUUGUUGGGUCAGAUUCCUUCAGUGUUCAGGAGGUUUUUAUCAGGAGCUGAAUUUUCCUCAGACGUCUCCUCAUCUUUAAAACAAACAGACCAGCUGAUUACAACCAGAAUGAAACAGGUUCAUGUUAAAAAUCAGUUAUUUUGAUGGUAUUCUGCAGACACAGGACGUCAGGAGGAGCUGUUUCCUCGUUUCUCUGAUAACGUCAGAUCCAAUCAGUUCAACUCCAUCGCCUGGUCAAAGGUUACAGAUAAAGUGACAGAGACUUUGGUUGAGAGAAGACUCCAGAGUUAGACUCCAGUGAUUUGAUUUCUUUAUAUCCUGUGAUUAUUUUUAACGUAACAUUGGCUCUGAUCCUCCGUCGCAUCAGACAAACAACUUCAGCUCCAACAAAACAAAACUUCAGUCAGAGGGAAAUCAGCACAGAAGCUGUUAUCCUCAGGAUGACCAUGGAGACUGACUAAAAGCUCUUCACAGACGUCACCUCAGUAAAUUUGAAUGGUUCAGCAGGGAACACAUCAGGUCAUGUGGAUUGUUUCUGAGAACAGAUGAGACCGUGGACUGAGAAAGACCUCGACAUCUGAACAUCGUCUCUCAGCUCAGUGUUGGAGAAACUUCAUGAAGCUCGUGUCUUUAACAAAAAGUUCUGUUUACACCAACAUGUUGAACAGUUGAUAAAACUCUCUCCUCACCAGGUUUGUUCAGGUCUGACCUUUGACCUGGUCUGUGUUGAUGUUUAGCUGAUGAAGACAGUGUGAAACAGUCAAAAUCUCCAGAACUGAAUGAACCCUGUGGUGAGGAUGUUUUAUAAACUGCUGAACAGUUUUAAUUUA